UUCCCAGCAUCCUUAGCGGCGUGCAGAGUAAAAUGUAAACGGCCAUGUCGUGUUAGAGCUCAGUCCUCAAACAAACGACACCGAGUCAUUGCGUAGUUUACUUUCUCGUUUCAUGAAGCCUUUAACCGCGGCUCUGGAAACAGCUUAUCUACAGUUUCAUUUGACAGAACACGAAUUCAGUAAGAUUUCACGCGUUUUUAAAUUGAACGGACAAACAUGAGCGGAGGAGGGACGCCGUACAUCGGCAGCAAAAUUAGCCUAAUCUCCAAGGCCGAGAUCCGCUAUGAAGGAAUUUUGUACACCAUUGACACGGAGAACUCGACCGUAGCUCUUGCUAAAGUUCGUUCUUUUGGCACUGAAGACCGGCCCACUGAGAGACCCAUUCCACCUCGGGAUGAAGUGUUUGAGUACAUAAUUUUCAGAGGAAGUGAUAUUAAGGAUCUUACAGUAUGUGAGCCACCUAAAGCCACUAGCUCUCUGCCUCAGGACCCUGCCAUUGUUCAAUCAUCCAUUGGAUCCAGUAGUGCUGCAGCAGCAUCCUCAUUCCAGUCAGCAGGGCCCUUUGCUCCUCCAUACAGCAGAGCUCCUGUUCAGCCAUACAGCCAGUUUGGUGUGACAUCACUUGCAGCUCAGCAAUUUGGAUCCGCUGCACCUGGAGGAUGCACCAGUCCUCAGCUGGACCCUUUAAGAAAAAGUCCCACCCUGGAGCAGGCAGUGAAGGCUCCUUCAUCAGCUGCAUCUGCACCUCCUGCACCUGUUGGACAGAGGAGUCAGGCUGCAGCUGCAGCCUCUCGACCCACCAGCAACACCGUUGGUGGUCAGAAACCCCCUGACCUCCUGGAGCAGAGAAAAGCUCCAGAGGUUCAAAAAGUGUCACAGCCUGAUAAUGAGCAUGGAGCUGUUGAAAAUCGAGAUCCCAAUAAGCAUCAACUUGGCGCAGCUGCUGCUCAGUCAGCACGCCGCAGCCGUGGAAGAGGAAACCGCAGCAGAGGCAAGAUGAAUGUGCGACGAGAUGGACCCAUGAAGUUUGACGAAGACUUUGACUUUGAGACUGCCAAUGCCCUGUUCCACAAAGAUGAGAUUGACAAAGAACUUCAGAACAAGCUUAAGCUGAAAGAUGACAAGGCUGACAAGGCUGACAAGGCACUAAAUGGAGAAGAAACCGCUGAUUCAGAACAUCCAGCCACUGAGGGGCCCAAUGAGGAGGAGGAGGCUGUGAUAAACACAUGUUACUAUGACAAGUCCAAGUCCUUCUUUGAUAACCUGUCCUGUGAUGAUCCAAGUAAAGGGGGCGAUAGAGGAUUUUCAAGGGAGAGAAGGCCAACCUGGGCUGAAGAGAGACGGAUGAAUUCUGAGACUUUCGGCAUCCCUCUGAGACAUAAUCGAGGAAGAGGAGGUUACCGUGGCCGAGGCUACAUGGGACCCAGAGGAGGCAGGGGGCGGCCACUUAGCAGAGGCUCUUUUGGACCACCCCGGGGUCCUCCACCUGGAUUCAGAGGCGGAUUCAGGGGUGGUAGAGGAGGACGGGACUUUUCUGACUUUGAAUACAGGAAGGAGAACAAGGUGGCGGCGUAGUACAGCUCUGACAGAUCUACAGAAUGGUUGGCCCUCAUCAUGAAAUCAUUCCUGUUGAAGAGGGUUUUUGGCUUCAGGAUUUGACAGAAUAAAGACAUCCUCUCAGUCACCAGCACCAGGGUCGGCUGCUUUACACAGGGGGUGAGAGUGCAGCUCCCUGUCCUCCUCUCUGAGAAACAGGCUCUUUGUUUUUGUUUUGUUUUUUUUUUCUUCUUAAAUUUACCCCACUCACAUGUGUAUAUACAUUUCUUUGGACUAGUCCUGCAUUUUUGCAUCAAUCAAGUAAAUUUUUUCUUGAAGGUGUGUUUGAUAACAACAGCUGAGUGCAUAAGCCCACUGAUACUGUGAGUGGAUCACAGCUCAUGUGAUCAAUAGCUUUAUUACUUAUAUGUUGGCACCAAAUCCCACUCUACCAUCUGUUGCAUCAUUGUAGUACUCUCUGCUCUGACUUUAUUCAGUUUGGUUGCCAUUCAUUCAGUAUUUUUCUCUUAGUUUGCAGGAAAUUUUAUUUUUGGACAUUUCACAUUGAAGUAGCACGAGUAAAGCCAGCUAAAUCAAACACCGUAAACUGAAUAUUAUUAUAAAUGAAUGUAUAUUUUCCACUCUGUGCCCCCCAACAAAUUGUGACUCUCAAAACAAUUUUAGUUUAGUUUUUAGAAAUGUGCAUUCAGUAUUUAGAGUCAUUAGAUCAUACUGUGACCCUUCAACCCGCCACUUCAGAGCUUAAGAUGAAUUUGCUUUCUGUUUGAUGUUUCUAACUUGGAUUGAUGUAUGGGGUUUACAGAAAUAGCUUUAGCAAUAUUUGUUGGCUGUAGAUUUUUUGACUGGUCUCUAAUAAAGGAGAAUUUCUAUGAUUUAUAUCUGAUAAUGUAAGACAUCCGUUACUAUAUAUGCCUUUAGAAAGCCUGGACUUUAAUUAGGCAAAACCUGCAGUCAGGAUGACUCUUGACAAGUUAAUUUGCAUUAAAAAUUACUUUUGCUAUUUUGCCAAAAAGGAACUCAAAAGCAUCAAGCAUAGCCUAAAUAAUUAACAAAAUUUCACAAAGUACCGUAUUUUAGUACUUACCUUUUCUUUCUUCUCUUCUGUCCAGAACAUUCUGAGCCGUCUGUUAAACAUUCUGUUAUCAGCAUCCUUAAACUUGUCUUACAGUUAGUGUCAUCUGCAUUGUCGUUGUUUUCACUGCAGUAGUGUCAUGAUUGUUUACUGAAAAUGGGAAUUCUUGUAAAUGAAUAGAAAAAUGUCUAAAAAGAGUACGUUCAGUACAAAUGGAGAGAAGUUUUGCUCCGUAUCUGCUCACUGGCUUGUUUGUAGCUCCUCUUGUUGCAUUGUUGUCAAUGUGAUUGUUCUCUGGAGUAAACACUUUAUUUUUUUUACUCAUUUGUGAUGAAAGGGACAAGAACUGGAUGUGGUGCCAGUGUGAUGGAGGGAGGGUGAAUAUUUUUUUCUUUUGUUUUUCUCUUUUUUUUGCUCUGAUUUGUUGGUACUUCAGAGAUGUCAGAGUACUUCUGCCUUCAGAGGGUUUUUUCUGCAGCUCUCCCUUUAACUUAAAGGUUGCAGAGUAUCAAUAGCACUACAAGUAAAUCUCUUAAUAACUGAGGUUGUUUGGAAGAAAGCAGCCCCAGUGAAAAAGUGCUGUUUUAAUGGGUAUUUCACAGAUUGCUGAUCACUGCAUGAUAGCCAACAUGACCCAUCACUUUAUACAGGCUCCACGAUAACCAGCGAUAAUGAAUUUGAGACAAAACUUAUUACUGAACUAAUCACAGCUGACAUGUUUUUUUCAUAUGUUUGUUACUCCUUCCAGUCACUGGAAUUGUAAACCAGGAAUUGUUUUCUUGAGAAUAUCAAUAAAAUUGAGUUUUUACGUGAAAUAAAGAGUUGUACAAUA